AUGGGGAAGCUCGGGAAGAGGGCGAGGAAAUUCAGCCAAAAGAAUCUUCAGUCGGUGUACAGGAAGAAAAGGAAAUUCAAUUCGAUGCGAGAAAAUUCUAAGAGGAGGAGGAGUUCAGGUUGUCACCUGUUGUAUUUCAAAUAGGAAUGCCGGAGUGUUUGGAAUGCUAUUUCUAUCUGCAAAGGCCGAGUUGAACUAACUAGUUUUAUUCUUUUCUGCUCGUUUGUCUUUUUAGUGAAAUGUGCUCUUGAAAUCAUUCAUUAAGUCGUGUCAUUCGCCUAUCGCCCACAGGCCGUGAAAUUGCAACGGCAGUAUCUCUGGCUUUUUGCUGGUCUUGUUGUAACUCAUUCUUAAACUUUUUGGAAGCUCUUUUGGUUCUUUUCUCAAUGGAAAAAAAAACGUUGUGCGUGCUUUGUCUUGAGGCGAUUAGCCAAUUAAAGGAAAUUCAUGUAAGCACUGCUAAUAGUUGAAUUAGUGAAUUAUUUUUUUUGAAACUGAAAAGGUGCUUAUCUUAGAUUAGUUAGUUUAGUCAUAAUAAGUGGGAGAUCAAGUUAUCUGUCAUAUUUCAUUGCCUGUAGCAUUGAACAUAAUUGACUUUUGCUUCGAAUUUUGUUUGACAUGUAGAAAGCAUAGGCUCUUAAGGAGACCCAUCACAUGCUGCUGAUAAUUUCCUGCUUGGAGCCUGUGGAAUACUUUGUAUUACUCUAAUUAAUCAUCAAGAAAUUCUGGCAUGUAUCUUGUAUUUAACUGAGGUCAACUGCAAUCAUUCAACAUCUCUCACUUGAAAUUCUGAUGCUUGUAGAGGCAUAUUUACUGCAAUGAAAAUGCAGAAGUGUCAUUUACGUUUCAAUGUGUGCCAUUUUUCUUUUUUUCUUCUGUACAUGAUGGAUGUUUGAACCGAUGGUCUCCUAUUUUUCUGUCUGGUAGUUAAAUGGCACAUGCUCUUGGAACAUUAUAGGAUAUACUUACUGCGUGUUCCAUGAGAGUGGUCUGGAUGUCGGGAUCAACUGGCAAGCAUUGAUUGUGCUUUUUUAAGUUUACAAAACUAACUAAAUCUUGAUUACAGUUGAGCUUGCUUCCGUGGAAAAAGAUUCAGUGCAUAAUAAUUCCCAUGUAUUGUCAUGGAAGAGCUACAUUACUUUAUUCAUUUAAUUUUUGUCAUUAUACUAUGUGAGAAAGUAAGUGCACUGCCUUCAUAAGAUAUUAUGUUCCAGGCAUAGUUUCUGUUCUAAUCUACAUCUUUAUUUCGUAUAUCUCUGUUGUCUGAUUACUGCUAAUCAUUUGCGCCAACAUUUAGGUCAUGGGGUUACAUCUGGAGGCGAUGGGAAAGUGGCAAUUGAUCAGCCUAGAGAAGUGUAAGAAUACUCCUAUCCAUAUGAGGCAGAAGUUUUAGCAUGAUGUUUAUCAUCGUUACCAAUCUAGUAAGACGGUCCUUUUCAUCAUUGUCUAAUCAACAAAAUGGUUAUAGGGCUCAACUUUUUGAUUAAAGGUCACGAAUAUGUACUGGUCAAAUUGAAACUGCGAGAAUGAAUUCAUUUAUUUGUACUAUGUCGCAUUAAACAAAAUAGUACAGUUGUGAACCAUAUUCUCGGAGAACAUGAGAAUUAAUAAUAUGAAGGAUUCUUGCUAUAUAAAAAUUGGUAGCAUUAAUCAUAUCAUAAAUUUAAAAUAUAUUUGGAGUUGUCUGGUUGACUCUGGCUUUGUAAAGCUGGCAAAAUAGGUGACUAAUGAUACUCUUCUCUUCUGGAUUAGUGUGUACUUAAGCUUGGUCCAUUCCAAUUCGGUUUGAUCUGUCUAUAUGUCAAUGAAUCACAGUAGUUAUAUUCUUUGUCUGCCGUUGAUUCUGCUUGAAGAAUGGUAAUCAGUUGAAUAAUUUGCCUUAAAAGUCCUUUGAAAGUUUACCAGAUCAUUGAACGCUUCAGUGCUUUCUCAUUGUUUUGGCGCUGAAGAAAUUAGAAGCCUAUGCUAGACAUAUCAUAGAACCAACAGAAAAUAUUGGAGUCCGGUCAUAUAAUUCAAUUGUUUGCUUCGCUUGCUUAGAAUUGAUGGGACAAAUGUGAGUGGAGCUGUUGCUAGCAACUUUCUUGACGCAUUGUUCAGUGAAGACGAGGACAUUUUACUUGAAGAUUUCUCUGACAGUGAUGGUUUUCUUUCGGAGGUGUGCAAGUCUUAUAUAAAUUUGAAUAGAUCAUUAUCUUAUUAGGGAAACUGAAAGAAUAUUAUUGCCAAUAUUCAGGAUUCAGACUGCCCAUAUAUUUCAGAGACUGACCAUACUCAUGAGUCGGAAGGUCAGUUUACCCCUUUCACUCCUAAAACAUUAUUUUUGUAUUUUUCAUUUAUAAGAAGUCUUGGAAAAACUUGCAGAUGUUGGUGGCCAGCCUCCCGUAGUCGGAAAGAAUAGGGAAAUGCUACUGAAACUUGCCAAGAAAAAGGAAAAAAUUGAUAGACUGAGGGAAAAGGUGGGGUUGAUUUUUAAAACCCAUUAUUACUAUCUUUUUUUGUCAUUAUUAUUCUUUAAUAAAAUCACUUGGUUUAAUUGAUGAUGCAAUGAACUGUUCCUAGUAUUCUUUAGGAUUAUGAAUUUAUGAUUUCAAUGAAAUCACCUGGUUUAAUUUAUAAAACUAGUUGAUUUUUUUAUAGUUUUUUAAAUUGAUACUUCUGUGAUAAGGUGGGAUGAGCUUCAAUGUGUGUGGCCUGUUGGUGUAUUUUAGUUGUUUUAAAAUAGAGUAUAGUUGCUCUUAAAUGGUACUUUCUCUAUUAAUCUUUUGCUAGGAGGUGUAGCUUCACGACACUGGUUAACUGAUUUUCCCAUGCACUGCGUUGCUUAUGCCUUUUCCUUUCACACUGUCAGUCUUUUUCCUGUAAUUCUGUGUUAUUAUUUUUUUGCAUUGAUUUUUUUCAGGAUCCAGAAUUCUCAAAAUUUUUGAACAGUCGUAAACGUGAUCUCAAGCAAGUUAGAUUUGAAGAUGCUGUAAGUUGUGAUGUCUGUUUCAAUUAGAAUGACAUUUUAUUUUACUUUUCUGUUUUUCGAUUUGACCUCUAAUUAAUCUAAAGUGUGGAAAUUUACGUCUCUAUGUUGACUGAAUUGCAAGGAUUAUCUAUCUAUGAGCUUACAUGAUGAAUUUCACGUUUUCCUUGGGUAAUUGAGCUGUAUGAUCCUUACUGAGAAGUUCAUCAAACGGCUCAUAUUUUGAAGACAGGCUAUUAUUUCUAUGGAAGAAAUUUUCAUUAACACAGAUGAGGAGAAACAUAUUAGCAAUUCCAACGCGUAUUCUUAUAGAGAGUUAUUUCUAUGAUUCUUCCUGUUUAUACUUUUGAACCGAUUAUUCCAUACGAACAAAAUCCCAUAUAGAUUUUAUGGUGAGAACAUUUGGAAUUCCAGAGAAAGUAUAUUCUAGGUUAUAAAUGGAAAGAAGAAUAAAAGAUUAAACUUAUUUUCUACCAUUCUAAUGCAUUGCUUUGCGGAAGAGGUAGUUUUCAAUUGUGAGUUUAGUUCAUUAUGGUGAGUGCAUACACCUACAUGCAAGAUUUGAUAUGCAAGCCUUACAUGGCUAAACAAAUCUUGUGAAAGCUUUUUUUUGGGGCACACAAUUUCUGGAGGGUGUUGAAAACGAACUUAACUCAAGUUAUCAUAUUUUUUAAUAAACUAAGAAAUAAUGCAACAUAGACGGUUAAAAAAUACGUCUUGGUCAUUUAUCUUAAUGAAAAGGCAACUAUUGAAGGGUUGGUUGGACGAGGUAACACAAUAGCUUUGCUUGGCUGCUUCUGACCUCAUCGAAUACUAGUACCUGCCCUUUCCCAACAAUGAGCUUAGAAUUUAAAUGCUGGAACCUCUUUAUCAAAAAACAGUUUCGCAUCAGCUGGAUAAAAUAAAUGUUUGUUUCAAAUUGGAAGAGGCAACGAGGACUUUCCAUUUGCUGUUUACUUUCAACACUGAUUUUGAAGAAGACAAUUCUAAUAGGAGAAUUUGAAGGAGAACACUGCUUCUUGGACUCUGUUUGAUUUAAAGAUAGUGGAAAUUCAGAUGGGGAGUUCUUCCCUUAUGUUAUCAAACUUGUGGUACAAAAUUUCCUCUUAAAAUCUUGGAUUGCCAUUGUCUGAUGGCUUCAGUGGAGUCGGGGGAAAAAUAAGUUUACUUAGUUAUCUCUGCUGGUGGUGACUCGAUUACCCAUUAAGAUACGCUCUUUAAGGUGAUUGAAGUCAAAAUUAAUUUUUUCAGAAAAUGGGUCAGUGGGUUCCUAACAAAGUUCGUCCCUUCCCUUAAGAAAGAAAGAAGUAAAGAGAGGAUGUGUUGACCGCUAUCUAUAGUAGUGUGGAGAAGAAUACAGUAACUACCUGGGAUCUAGACAAGCUGAGGCUUUUUUUCUCCAUUGUCAGCCGUAGUUAUCAAGGCAACUAAUGAUUUUCUAUAUCUUUGGAAUACAGUAACCCGGUAACGAUUUUAAUGAUUUUCUAUAUCUUUGGGUUGUAGUUAUCAAGAAUACAGUAACUACCGAUUUUCUAUAUCUUUGGGUUGUAGUUAUCAAGGCAAUUAAUGAUUUAUCUCAUUAAAAUCGGUACUUUGUCACAACAUGCUUUAAUUGGCUCAUUUUUUAAUUCAUUGCAAUGAGGCUCGUAGUAAUUUCUUCACAACGUGUAGUAAUAUAAAUCUAGCUGUUGCAUAGCUAGUACCAACUUGAUGAUGCACUGUUUCAUUUCUGAAGUGGUUAUGGUGGCAUUAUUCUGAUUAGUCUUGCCAUCUUCGUUUACUGAUAUCUCAAAAUUCUCAACUACAGUCCUCUGACGAAGAAGAAGUAAAUGGGAAAGAUGGAGCCACAGAAGUGGAAGGUAUUAAUCCUUUUCAGGGAAAAGUCCUCACGACACAUACAAUAGAUGUUUGGUGUUGGAUGGUCUUGGAGGAGCCAAAUAUGCUUGCACUUCCUAAUCUUCUUAAUGCAUUUCGAGCUUCAUGCCACUAUGGGACUGGUGAUUCGAAUGAUUCUUCAUGGACGGGAAUUUCAAGUAAAGAAGUCUACUCCAGGAUAAUAACAUUUGUGCUCUGUGAAGCUGAUGGCAUUUUCCGAAGGCUAUUGUGUAUGUCCCGUGGCAAAAUGAGCAUAUCGAAAUUAAAUAGCUCUCCUAAGUGGUUGACUGUGAGACCACUGAUAAAGUCUUAUCUGAGGAGUUCUCUUGUUCUAGUGAAGCAAUUAACAGACAGCAAGAUACUGGCAUUCACUUUAUCUAAGCUCAGAUCUUCAAUUAUGUUCUUUUCUGCUUUCCCUUCACUAUUCAGCAGACUCAUCAAGGUACUUCUUUUCUUGCCUUUAUGAUCAUAGUCAUGUUCUUUUAUCUUUCAUGAUGGGUGAUGAUAGCUUGAUGAAAGUUAUAAAUCUUUCUGUCAGAAUGCUGUCUUUUAAAAACAGAGAGGAUAGAUGUGUGAGUUUUCUCAUUCCUCUUGACAUGAAAACAUCUGAAGAAGUAUAAAAUAGGCUGUACCUACGGUCCUCUUCCUGACCUCGAAUGAACUUAAAUUUGAUGAUUCUUGUUUAGUAUUUUCGGAUCGAAUGAACUUACAUUCUAGUAAGAAAGGGUCAUGAUCAUUUUGUUCGAGAGGUUUAAAGUUGUUGUUACUUUGUGGAUGUUAUUUAAUAUCUCUUAUGCACAGUGCAUAUAUCACUCGGUAUUUGUAUACAAAUGAUGGUCUGCAUCUGUUCUUGUGUGCUUCCGUAUGAUAAACUUCAGGAGAAAUAAAAUUUUUGUUUCUAUGGUAGUUAAGGCCCCGAUAUGUUGGGUACCUAGUCAACAUUUUCUGCUACAAAAGUAAAUUGUAGUUUAUGCAUCCAUAAUGAUUACCACCUCUGUAUAAAAUAAUAUCCUGUAACGCAUUUAAUAGAAAAGAUACUUUCUCUGUGGCCAAGAUGGAUUUUGUGUGACAAUUAGUUUUUCUUUUGGGUGGCAUUUUGAGGUCAGAUUCCUCACUGACUUCCUUUUUGAGUUUCCUUCUAAACUUUUAAUUAGCUUUGCAUUCCAUAUCUAAGUUGCAAGUAUACAGCAUUUCCUAAAUGAUGCAGUUCCUGACUAUUGAGUGGCUACUUCGAGUAAUCAUCGAGCAGUGACCCCAAGAACAUCUUUGCUGUCAGGCUUUAGGAGUUGGAAUACUAAAACGAUUUAUAGCUAUAAAUAGACAGUUUGGGCUCAAAGAAAAUUGCUCUCGUUGUACUAUUUGCUAUUUUGUUCGUAGUGGAGAAGUGGAUGUGGAUGUUGGGGCAGUGGCUGGUGGGUUAUUUUUCAGGCUGUGACCCAGCAAAAGCUGUGAUCCAUCUCGUCAACACAUGAAGCCAGGCCGGGCCAAUUUUUUCCUCUGGACUUAUUUUUUAGGCCUAACACCCGAUUUGAGCUAGCCUGGUCAAUUGAGACCCCCGUCUUCGGCCUUUCCAUAUGAGAACUUGCUUUUGAGUAUGAUUAUAAUGAUAGAAAUAUAUUUCUUUUGCUUCCGCUACUGCAGCGAUACUUGUCAUAUUGUGUAGUCAUCUUGAUGUUACACAUAUUUACAAUUCCCUGGAAGCUUAUGCUCUUACAUUUGAAUGCAGACUGCUGUUCACUUUUGGGCAACCGGUGACAAACAUUUGUCUUCAUCUUCAUUUUUCAUUCUUGAAGACAUAGCUACCACAUCAAGCUCUGAGUGGCUUGAGGCCUGCUUAACCCAAACUUACCGAGCGUUUAUUUCUCGUUGCAAGUUUGUUGAGCCAGCAAGCUUUAAGCAGAUAGAAUUUCUCAGUGACAAUAUGGUGGAACUUUACUCUGUGGACAUUCAAUGCGCAUAUCAGAAAGUACUAUCUGCUUUGCAGGAAUUGGCCAACGUUUUGCAGUCUGGUCUAAAAACAAAGAAUAAGGUUUGUGCUUUGACCUGAAUUAUUCAUAGAUGAGGUGAAAAAUUGUACGAAUGACGAAUGUUUUUUUAAUGGACGGCUCCCUAGGUCUUAUUUUUAUUCAGAAUCCUUGCCUGCUAUUGUUUUCGCACGUAUAUUUACUCCCUAGUGGCCCUUUGGACAUCGAUAUUUACCAGCAAUAAAGUUAAGUUUUUUCCUGAGUUUUUACAGGAGGUUUAAUUCAGGUCAGAAAUUGGUGCUAUUUGAUUUUAGGUUUUUUCCCUGUCAAACAACCACAAAUUAAAAAUUAUUUAUCCUUUUCUUUUCGUUUUUUCCCAUACUGUUAAUAAGGUGCGCUUUUCUCAGUAAAAAUGUUACUUACUGUUUUAUGUGGCGGUACAUAAUAAAGAUUCGUGCGUUUCUAUUUGUGGUAUAAGAUCUUCACGAGGAAGGAUUAAUUUCGUUGUUCUUUUUGUUUUAUGGAGUGCAGGAGGAACUCCAGAGGAUACACAGUUGGCAGUACGUUAACUGUCUUGAUGUCUGGGUUAAGUUCAUCACAAAGAACAUCAGAGAUCAUGAUCUGCAACCGGUGCUUUAUUCAGUUAUCCAGAUUGUGACGGGGGUAGCUCAUCUAUUUCCUGGACGUCGAUACUUGCCUUUGAGAAUUAAAUGUGUCCAAAUGCUUAAUCAGCUCUCUAGUGCCAGUGGAGUCUUCAUUCCAAUUGUUUCCCUGGUGCUUGACUUCCUGGAAUGUAGUGGUAGCAGCAAUGUAGAGCCAGGACUUGGAAGAACUUGUAGCUUCUCAUCUGUCCUAAAGGUACAGAAGUGAAAAAUAAGCUCUCAUUCCGUCGUGAUAAAUUUUAUUGAUUUUGUAUCAAUUUUAUCACUUGUAGCAGAUAUGUCCUUACUAUGAUUAUCACCAUCAGCUUUAUUCUGCUCAUGAAAAUCAAUAUGAAGUGGAGAUCAUGUUAGCAUUGUUCUACUGUCCAUUAUUCCAUUUAUUUAUACUUUUAUGAUUGGUGGAGGUGGUGGAAGAGGAUGAGAGGUCAAUAUAGCGCCUUCUUAUUAAGGGAAACUAGAGUUGAUGUGAUGUGGCGAUUUUUAGCCACGCCAACCAGUCUGAGCGUCUGCUGUCAACUGUUCUGACCCAAAGAAAAGCCUGGGAAAAUGAGCUCUUGGCUGGACCCUAAGAUGCCUUGCCCCAGCCCAACAAACCACAUGCCCAGCGGCAGACAUGGCUCAUGACUGGCUUGAGGAUCAGGAAUGGCGGUGGGAAGCCAGGGGUUCCAAGGGUUUGGUUGGCAUAAGGGCAGGCCAUAUGAAGGCCCAGGUCUGGCAUAUCUUGACGCCAAUCUACGGGUUCUAUCUAUUUUCUCUGCUUGUUUCUUAGGGCUAUGCCCAGAAAAACUGGGCGAGUAGACACCUCUAGUGUAGACCUGUCGGGUCUAUGUAUAGUUUUUGUUCUUCUGACCCCACGUCUGAUCCUUGAUUUGCUGCCCGUUAUUGAAGUCUGAUACGAUUCACUUUAUUUCUGCCUCAUUCUUCUUCCAGGUUCCAAAACAGCUGCUGAAGUCUUGGGGAUUCCAAGAGGAAUGCAUCCUUUCUGCCAUUGAGCAGCUUUCGGCCCACUUUGCUCAGUGGAGCUAUUGCAUCUCUUUCCCGGAAUUGGUAACUAUUCCUCUUAUUGUCUUGAAAAGAUUCCUUGAAGAAACAACCGUUGAGAGCCAUCGACGUCUGGUGAGACGUUUAAUAGACCAGGUGGGCCGUACUUCCUGUUUUGAUAUUAUUUGCUCACUGAUCAACCUGUCCUCAUGGUUUUCAUAAUCUGCUCGCCUGGAUCAGGAUUGAGAUUAAUCGAUCUGAUUCUACAGGCCCAAUUCUACACAAAUCUGAUCUGAUUUUUCCGGUUGUGUUUGAGUCAGCAGUCAAUCACCUUGAAAAAAAAAUUCAUGUUGCCUUAUGGUUUGCAUAAUCUGUGCUUCUGGAUCAGGAUCAACAUUAAUAGAUCUGAUUCUGUGGGCCCAAUUCUACACUAAUCUGAUCUGAUUCUUCUGGUUGCAUUUGAGUCAGCAUUCAAUCACCUUGAAAAGCAAAUUUAUGUUGCCUUAUGGUUUGCAUAUUCUGCUCGUUUGGAUCAGGAUUCAGAUUAAUCGAUCUGAUUCUACAGGCCCAAGUCUACAAUAAUCUGAUCUGAUUCUUCUGGUUGCGCUUGAGUCAGCAUCCAAUCACCUUGAAAAGCAAAUUCAUGUUGCCUUCUUUUUUGCAUAAUCUGCUCGUCUGGAUCAAGAUCGACAUUAAUGAAUCUGAUUCUGCAGGCCCAAAUCUGAUCGACAUUGAUCGAUCUGAGGAUUACAUUGAAAAUCGAGAUACUUGAUGUUAUCAGCAAAUCUCAUGACGUCGCCUAGUCUCAACUUUUUACUUCCGUUUGAUGUUCGUUUUAGAAUAUCCCUUCUUCUUGGCAGCAGUGACUUUCAUAUAGUUCCAAUACUUGUAUAUUUAUGGAGAGAGAGAGAGAGAGAGAGAGAGAGAGAGAGAACGAUGCCUGAGAAUUUAUCAGGGUUAUUAUUUCUAAGAUUAUGAUCUGAAUAUUGUUUCUCUCCCUAUGAUUUGAUUUUCAAUACUUUGGCCAUCUAAUAGAAAUGCUGAUAUUUCUGGAUCGUGAAAUGACUGGUUUUUUACUGUCAUAUUUUUGUUCUGACCUCGGUCGUCAUCUUCCUGUGAUGCAGGUCGAACAGAAUCGAGACUUUGUAGAGAGAAAAAGAGAUGAAGUCUCCUUUUCUCCAAAUGAUCAGGCUUCUGUCGAGUCAUUCCUUCAGGUCAACUUCACGUUAUUCUCUCCUCUCUCCCCUCUCCUCUCUCCAAGGCUAGGUCUACCGGUUCUGUUUAAAGUUGGAUCCAUUAUGCGCGAACCCGACUGA